UUGAUAAUAAUAUGGGUGGGCUCGAGGGGGCGGUGGUGUACUGUCAAUGUUGAGAAUAUGUAGUCACGCAUUACUGAAUUUAAGUAAUGAUUUAUCAAUCAGGUUUAUACGUUAAAUUGUGCGUUAGAAAAUAGCAUCAGUGUAACAGAACCGGAGCUCGAGUGGUGACCUUUGGUUGUCGUUACCGUGUCGGUGUGUGCGAGACCCGGGGAGGAGCAGAGAGUGGGACGUUAGCUAGUUAGCUAGCUAGUUCAGUCAGGAAGAAGUGUCAACGCCUGCACCAAGGGACGAGGAGAGCCCGUUUGUGGUCAUGGCUGCCCUCGGUAACUCCGGGGCCGCUUCCAGUCCGAUGGUGGUACUGGCUCCGAAGACUAAAACGAAAAAGAAACAUUUCGUGCAGCAGAAGGUGAAAGUGUUUCGAGCCAGCGACCCCGUCAUGAGCGUCUUCAUGUGGGGCGUCAAUCACUCGAUCAAUGAUCUCAACCAGGUACCUGUUCCUGUCAUGCUGCUGCCCGAUGACUUUAAAGCCAACACUAAGAUCAAAGUCAACAACCACCUCUUCAACAAAGAAAAUCUUCCAGGACAUUUUAAGUUCAAAGAAUACUGUCCUCAGGUCUUCCGAAAUCUAAGGGAACGGUUUGGUAUUGAGGAUCUGGACUAUCAGGUUUCAUUGACUCGCAGCCCCCCGUUGAGGAGUGUAGAUGACCAGGGGGAGGGUCUUCUCCUCAACUCCUAUGACCGAACGCUGGUCAUCAAGCAAAUCUCCAGCGAGGAUGUUGCAGACAUGCACAGCAUCCUGUCUGAGUAUCACCAGCACAUAGUGAAGUGUCACGGCAGCACCCUGCUGCCCCAGUUCCUGGGGAUGUACCGGGUAGGCGUGGACAGCGAGGAGACCUACCUGAUCGUCAUGAGGAACAUGUUUAGCCACAGACUGAUUGUACACAGGAAGUAUGACCUGAAGGGCUCUCUGGUGGCUCGUGAAGCAAGUGACAAAGAAAGGGGGAAAGAGCUUCCCACCUACAAGGACAUGGACUUCAGGAACAACCUGCAGAAGGUGUACGUGACGGAUGAGCAGAAGGAGAAGUUCAUGGAGAAACUCAACAGAGACGUGGAGUUUCUGGUGAGACUGAAGAUCAUGGACUACAGUUUGCUGCUCGGUAUCCACGAUGUGGGUCGAGCUGAGCGGGAUGAGGAGGAGGGUGAGGAGGUUUCCAACGAGGAAGAAGCCGACGCGGAGAACGGCCUGGCACCGGGUGCCACGGUGGGCUCCUACGGCACCUCUCCAGAGGGAAUCGCUGGAUACAUGUCCUGCUGCAAACCUCUGGGGCCCGGCGAAUUCGACCCCUAUGUGGACGUGUACGCAGUCGCGAGCUGCUCAGGAGCCCCCCAUAAGGAAGUCUAUUUCAUGGGCCUGAUUGACGUACUCACUCAGUACGACACCAAGAAGAAAGCCGCUCAUGCAGCAAAAACGGUCAAACACGGGGCUGGUGCUGAAAUCUCCACAGUCCACCCCGAGCAGUACGCCAAACGAUUUCGCGACUUCAUCUCCAACAUCUUUGCAUAACACGCGGCUGUGAACGCCGCCACAAGUCGAUCCAGCUGAGAGCUAAACUUGUGUUUUUAUCUUUGACCAAAAAAUAGUAUACACACAGAUCGUGAUUUAAUAUGGUGAUCUGAGGCGAGACUACUUACCUUGUAGCAACAUAAUGUACUACUUCUGAUGCAUAUAUUUAUUUUUAAGAUUUAAGAUGCAUUUCUUCUAUAGUAGACUCUUUACCACAAUAACUCUGGAGCAUCAGGGUACAUUGAAACAAACUGCUGUUGAUCAGUGUUAGACCACACCCAUGCAAGAUCAAAUAUUAGUUAGGUACCCCAGGCUUCUUUAAAGGAAGAGUUUGACAUUUUGGGGAAGUGCGCUUAUUUGCAUAAUGACAGUAGUUAGAUGAGAAGAUUGAUUCCAUUCUCAUGCGUCUGUUAAAGGUUCCGUGUGGAGUUUUUGACCUUGGUUCCUGUUAGGUUUGUCUCUUGCACGAGGACGCAUCUGCUCAGUCCUGCCAAUGGUAAUCCACAGGUGGCCGCAACACGCCAACAUGUGCAGCAAAGUGCCAGCAGUGAAGAAGAGGAAAGCUAGCAAGUGAACGUGGGUGUAAACCAUGCUGGACUGAAAAUAGUUAAAAACUCAGCUUUGCAGAUGGUUUAUAUGAAAGGAAAUGUAUUCAACACGUGAUAGACGUCAAGGAUACACCCAAUGUGUUUUUCACUGAAUGUAAACACAAGAAACCCCAGGCACCUUUUAAUGUGACACUAUAGGAGGACCAGGCGAACGCUAGCUUAGCUUAGUUUAGCAAAAAGACUUGAAACCGGGGGGAAAGGCUAGCCUGGCUCUGUUCAAAAGUAGAACAAAUCCUCCUGCCAGCGCCUCUAAAGACAACAAUUUGUUAUAAUAGCUUGUGAGGAGUUUUGUGCACAACUUGUUGUUUUUGCAUCUUGGUUUUUGUAUGGAUUAAAUAAUAUAACACGUUAAUUAGCGAGCUUUAGAUGUUAUCUUUGAGCCAGGCUAGCUGUUUCCAGUGUUUCCUGGAUCUAUAGCUUCACGGUGCCCUGAUGAGUUUUCUUGUAAAAAAACAAACACUGUUGCAUUCUGUGAAAAACGCAUUUGGUGUGUCCUUAAUGCUAAGCUAAGCUAACCGGCUGCUCGCUGUAGCCUUGUAUUGGGGAUGCUCCUUUGAUUUAACUCGGUAAAAAAACAAAAAAGCAAAGGAACCUAGUUCUCAAAACAUGAAACUAUUCCUUUAGUCCAAGAACAAUGUUUAAUGGAAAGGGGUGUUAAAAGCAUAAUGGCUGUCUAUACUCGAGACAUAUUAUUUAUCUGAAGCAGGCCACUUGAAUGUUUAGUGCCAAAUGUGUGGGAUCCAAACUUUAUCCUAGCAGGUUUCUGCACGUUGCAUAUAAUGAAAUUAACUCUGUUCCGACAGACCACUUAAAUGAAACACUUAAAUCUCAAACAACCUUAUCAAUCAAAUUGUAAAUGUGUUGAAUAGAGAGCACUUCAAACAACGGAGUCUGUGAUCAUGUUGGGCAGCUCUGCAUCUCUUAGCUUCCUUUCACCACAGAACUGGGCCAGCAUUUAGGAUCGGUUCUGCCUUUUUAAUGAAAUACCUUCAUGUGUCGACUUGUCAUUUCAAGACGCUUCUCGAUAGUGAGCCCAUACAUCAUUAUUCUGGACAGACUCCUUUUUUUAACGUGGUGUAGUGUUUUGUGAAUUAAAAUGGCAAAUGUGCACAUGUGAAUCAUUGUGACAGGGUGAGAUUUAGACAAAUAUAGCACUAAAACGAAGAACUAUUGUCUGUGUGUUGUAAUGGCAUUCAGUGAUAACCAGUGUACUGUGUAAAGCAUUGUUGACAAUAACACUAGAUUUCAGAAGCUUCUGCAGUUAGCCUUAACACAGCAUUCCUAGACCCUGGCAAGGCAGCGUAGAUACAGUUCACUCUGUAUGAUGCCUCAUCUACGCAAUGAUCACACAUGUAUUUUUGCAAAUCAGCUUUUGGACCAAAAUAUAUUUUACAAAGAAUUUCU